UUCCUCGUUAUUCAGGUCACUGUAAACGCAUGCCCUUUUUGUUGGACCCGCCUGGUACUAACAUACAAUGGGAUGUAGAUCCUCCUGGGGCUUCUGGAAUUGGAAUCUGCAGCUGAUACUAGUUCUGAUUACGCUUAUCAUUCCUUUUGGCUUUUCAUAUACGUUUAUACAAGGGAAAGGGUUAAGCAGCCGAACCUCCGUUUACCUGUCCCUUAUGGUCACUGGGCUUUACCUGUACCUUUUUUCACAUAUUGCAAAUAGGUCGCAACAGACAUCGGAAGGUUACAGUGUGAUCGAGUUUGCAGUCUACAGAGUCUGUGUUAUUGGCGUUACGGUCAUGUCAGCGUUAUCAGGAUUUGGUGUUGUCUAUACGCCCUACUCGUCAUUAUCGUAUUUUGCCAAGAAGGUUACCGAGACGGAGGUGGAAUAUGCCAAAAAGGCAUACGAGCAGACACUGGAUUUCAUUCAAACCAAACGGCAGCAAUUGAAGAAUACUGAGGAUGGAUCUGCUUCAUCGGCCCAUGACACAAGUCAACGGCAUAUUGUCAACCGCAUCUUUGGGCGAAAUCCACAAAGUGCCAGUGCCAAAGACCGGGCAAAGCUUGUGGAUGAAAUCGAUAUGUUGCAACAGCUAGCGAGGUCAAUGUUGGUCGAUGUGGAUGAUUUGGAAUACGAAUUGCAACGUACAAAGGCAUCAAGAACUCUGCGCGGUAAAUGUAUCAAUAUACUAGGCACCUUCUUCUCGGUUUAUUGCGUGUACAAGCUUAUAAGCGUCACUCUGAACGUCGUCUCGAAUCGAUUGGGUCGUGGCGAUCCUGUCUCGACCUUUUUAUCCCUGUUGCUCUGGAACGUGGGUGAUGAAAGUAAAAUUGAUCUACAAUAUUGGUCGCAACAGUUGAGCUAUCUUUUCAUCGGCUUGAUUGUUUUGGGAUCCGUUCGCGGAUUCUUGACCCUUAUGUUGAAGCUGUCAAGAAAAUAUUCUCAACAAGCCGAGAUAUCCCCAUCCACAGCACUUGCUCUGGUUGCUUUCAUCCUUUCCACUUACUUGGUGAGCUCUGUCGUCAUGAUGCAAGUGACAUUGCCUCAGGAAUACAGGCAAUUGAUAUCGAAAUCCCUUGGCCAUAUCGAGUUUGAUUAUUUCUUGCAGUGGUCAGAUAUCAUUUUUCUCAUCUUUAGUAUAGCAAGCUGUGUUGUGUUGUAUGUGAUGCACACGACAAGCAGCUCAAAAGCGUUAGCCAACGACUUUGCUGAUUUGCAGCUUGGAAAGAUGGAACAAGGGGUGUAGAAAUAUGGCAUUUUUUUCAACGUACAAGUGUGUAUUAUAGACAAACUUCAAAUUAACCAUGCGGGAGAGCAUCAUAACAUGUAUAGAAUAAAACCAAAACAUAAAGUGUUAUACGAUGACUAUGAAAAUGAAAAAUUUCUUUUUUGUUGGAUGUUUUUUUCGAAUGAUAGUGCUUUUGAUACAGGAGAGGUUGUUAGUGUGUGAUUCUUUCUCUAUCUAUUUGUCGAGAAGAUCUAAGAGCAUCUUGGCUCCUA